AUGAAAGUUCCAAACGCAGUUAUACCCUUCAUAGUCACAUUUUUAACCAGCAACAUCAACCGCGUUUCAGCAUUAUUCGAAGACACCACCCCCCCAAUUGAAAUCGUGGGCAACAAGUUUUUUUACUCGAAUAAUGGAUCGCAGUUUCUCAUGCGCGGUAUCGCUUACCAGGAAGACACCUCCCAGAUUGCCAACACCAAUUUAACUUAUAAAGACCCCUUGGCGGAUCCUGCGUCAUGUAGACGAGACGUUGCCCAUUUCAGAGCAUUAAACACCAACACGCUACGCGUUUACGCCAUCGACCCCGAAUUGGACCACGACGAAUGCAUGCAGAUGUUCAGUGACGCAGGUAUCUACAUUGUGGCCGACUUGUCGCAACCGUUAAACUCGAUAAAUAGAGACGACCCCAGCUGGGACAUUGCCCACUAUGAGAGAUACACCCGUGUCAUUGACGUGAUGGCCGACUAUAGCAACGUUUUGGGCUUUUUCGCUGGUAACGAGGUCACCAACAACCGGUCAAACACCGACGCGUCGCCUUUUGUUAAAGCUGCCGUGAGAGAUAUGAAAAAGUAUAUCGACAAUUCGUCUGGGAUGAGAAAGAUCCCCGUGGGCUACAGUUCCAACGAUGAUGAAGACACGAGAAUUGCCAUUGCCGACUAUUUUGCAUGCGGAUCCGUUGAAGAAAGAGCCGAUUUCUUUGGUAUCAACAUGUACGAAUGGUGCGGCAACUCGACUUAUGAAGAGAGUGGCUAUAAGGAUAGAACCGAGGAGUUUUCCAAUUUGCCCAUUCCCAUUUUCUUUUCCGAGUAUGGCUGUAACGCAGAGAGACCCAGAUUGUUUACCGAAGUGCAAGCCUUGUACGGAGCCAAUAUGACAAACAUUUGGUCCGGUGGCAUCGUUUACAUGUAUUUUGAAGAAGAGAACGAUUAUGGCUUGGUGAGCUUGAGCGGCUCUACCGUGUCGACGUUGGCAGACUACAGAUACUACAGUUCCGAGAUCAACAACAUCAGCCCAAGCUAUGCCAGAGCUGCCGAUGAAGACACGGCAACUUCGACAUUGACCUGCCCUGACGCAUCAAGGUCCACCUGGCAAGCGUCGCCCGAGUUGCCACCGACCCCAGAUCGCUUAUACUGUGAAUGUAUGGCUCAAGCACUCGCCUGUGUUGUCCACGACGACGUUGAGGAAGAAGACUAUGGCGAGUUGUACGGCGACGUUUGCGGCAGAAUCGACUGUUCCGACAUCAGCGCCGAUGGAAUUGCCGGCGAAUACGGCCACUACUCCUUCUGCUCAGCAAAGGACAAGUUGUCGUACGUGUUGAACUUGUACUAUCUUCUGCAGAAUGAAAACCGAAACGCGUGCGAUUUCGACGGCAAGGCCUCGAUCAACGCUAACGCGGUCGUUGCUUCGAGUUGCGGCACCGGUUCGCUUGCUAGUAGAAUCGCUAGUGCUACCCGCAGCGGCUCGGCUGCAACUGGCGGCUCUGCUUCCACAGCCACGGGAUCGCGUGACAGUUUUGGCUCGCAUAAUGCUCAAAAGAUGUCCAAUUUCCAAUUGGUUUGCUUGGUUAGCGUGGUGACUGCGCUCGUUGGCGGAUUCACCAUUGCAUUAUAA